AUGCUUAUUCACACGGAAGCUCAUCGUCCACAAUUAAACCCUGAAUUGGGAACGGAGAGCCCAUAUCGCGUCCUAUACCAUGUGAUUAACGCAACUAUACAUAAUAUACCUCAAUUAACAUAUUGUACACAUGCGACACCUGAAUUUUUAUUUCAAUUUAGUGAAAUUGUACGGUUUUGGGAUGGCCCAAUUAGUUUAACUGUAUUUGUUCCACAAUCUGACGCACAAAUUGCAAUUAGUUAUUUAAUACAAAUAUGUGAUUGCUUGCCACAAAUGUAUAAAGUUUCGGUACAUUUUGUAUUUCCUGUAAAUAAUUUCGCAAAUAAAUAUCAACAAUUACAUUUACAACAACAAACAAAUGAAUGUUUAGUGCCUGCCUCAUAUAAUAAAAUUGUAACUUAUAGAAAUAAAAAAUCAUUAGAAUAUCCGGUAAAUGUAGCCAGAAAUAUUGCACGCCUUGGUGCUAAAACUCAAUAUGUUUUGGUAUCGGAUGUUGAAUUAAUACCAAGUGAUGGUUUAGCAUACAAAUUUAUAAAUAUGCUCAAUCGUUUACGAUUCAAACAUGAUGGACAAUUUUCAACACGUUAUGUGUUUGUAGUGCCUGUUUUUGAAGUGGAAGAAUCUGAAAAAGUGCCUCGUACAAAAUUUACACUUCAACAAAUGUAUGCAAAUAAUAAAGCAAUUUAUUUUCAUCGAUGGAUAUGUAUGCAUUGCCAACGUUUUCCUGGUUUACAAAAAUGGCUUUCGAAAUCUUCUAAUCCUGAUAUUAUUAAGCCCUUAGUGGUUGUAAAACGUGAAUAUCCUUACCAUCGUUGGGAACCGAUAUUUAUUGGAACAAAUCAAGAUCCAUUGUACAGUGAAACAUUAUCCUGGGAAGGACUUCAAGAUAAAAUGACACAGAUGUUGGAAAUGUGUUUUUUAAAAUAUCGUUUUGUCAUAUUGGAUAAUGCAUUUUUGGUGCAUAUACCUGGUAUAAAACGUCGAACAAAUAACAGCAUAUGGCGUCGACCAUACCAACGACAAAAUGCUAAAGCAUAUACAAUUAUAUUAAAACAAUUAGCUAAUAAAUAUGAAAAAAAUCAACGCUGUAGAUUACAAUAA